GUAUUGCUGAGGCGCAGCAUAACGUGUCAUAACUACGUGUAUAGUGGAGCAGCACCAACAAACACACCGCUCGACAGCAACAAUUAUGAUGGAGCCAGUGCCCCAACCUUCCUGUUUUGGAGGGCCUAGCAAGAAAGACAUGUACGAACGAUUAACACGAGCAAAUGAAACUAUUCGGCUGCGCGACAGCGAGCUGGGGGACGCCAGACGGCAGGUAGCGGAAGUCAGUAGUCGUCUGCGCGCCGAGCAACAAGAAAGGGCGGAGCAGCAGCGGCUCGUGGAGCAGCAGCGCAUUCAGCUGGAAUCUCGCCUGGCGACCGUUCAGCAAGAGAAGGCCGCGGUCAUGCGCCUGCGCGAGCAGCUGGAGCAACAGCUCGCACAGGAGCAGCAACGCUCUGCCUCCCUGUCGGACAAGGCCACAUCGCUGACGGAGAAGCUGGCGGAGCAGCAGCGCUCGCUGGAGCACCAGGCGCGCGUCAACGCACGCACGGAGCGGAAGCUGCAGGCUGAGGAACAGAAGUCGCGGCGCCUGCAGAAGCAGCUCCAAAGCUUUACGGUGACCAUGGAGGAGGUGUCAAAAGUGCUUUAUUCAGUGGAGCGGGAGGAAAAGGUUGUGGCGACAGGCAGCUUGAGCCGCAGCGAGCGCAAGGUCCGUUCCUCUGCGGCUGACACGCUGCGGCAGUCGCUGGCCGCCUUCAAGGCCUUCAAGGAGGCGGAGACGGAGGGGCCCGAGGGCCCGCAGCCCGACCAGGACAAGCAGGUGGCCGCGUGAGGCAGUGCGGCGGACGGAUGGCAGUGUGGGUGUAUCGACAGCUCCCAGAUGAUCUGAUGGCAGUCUGCUUAGAGCUACUAGACGUUUGGUUAGAUGCAGACAUUUGGGGAGGGGGGAGGCCACGAAAUGGCAUCUCCGGUUCAUAACGAAAGAGUGGACAGUUGCUGCUGUCGGGGCCUGAACACGAUCUUGUCAAGGCGGCGGGCCUGAUGCCGGUCGUUAGCAUGGGUGCAUGGGUGAGUUACAUUAAUGUUUUAUACAUUUGGCAAGGCCAAGCAAUGACAUGGUGGAUGUGAUGAUGGCGUGAUGAUGGUGGUGCUUGCGCCACUGACUUGGGCAGAGGUGGGGUCUGAAUUGGGCAGAGGUGGGGGCGGAGGUCCCAGGGUUGGACAUACAGUGCCCUCCACGGGUGCGACAUGCCCCCACGGUACUAGGACCAUCCGUGGCUAUCGCCAACGCCGCGUCCCCACACGCCGAAGCAAUGUGUUGAGUUUGCGCCUAGGACAGACGAACCACUCAGGACGGUAUAAGAGGGCUAGCGCUCAGACAGGAUCAACCUAUCUUGCUCCUCACAUCACGGACCUAGGCCGGACGGCUUGGGAGGACAGCAUGUACAAAUGAUUGCGACGAGUGUACAUGUAACCGAUGUAACGAGGAACGGUC